ACAGUUCUUGGCUUAAGUUUCAUCAGCAAUGAAGUUGUUUAUCUCGGUUUUUAUUUUGGCUACCCUUGGUCUUGGUGGACUAGUUGAGGCUAAGGACACUGCAUUGGUUUGUGGCGAUUCGACCUCCGCUAAGACGGUAUCAAUGGUGUCACCAUAUUCACCUCCAAACUUAUGUGAAUACACAAUUUCGGCUAAGAGCAAGUCAAUUUGUCAGAUGCGUAUUGAUUUCAGCAUUUCUAUGGCCCAACCCGUGUUCCCAAGUUCGAAGAACGACCUUAAGAUUCCCGAAUGUACCGAAGAAAGCCUUACGAUUAAUGACUUCAUAUUCUGUGGUGCUGAAACGGAUCAGCACAUCUACGUUCCUAUCAACACAAAAGCUGGCAUUGAUUCAGUUAAAAUCUCCUUCGACAUAGCCCAGCGCAAAGGAACAUCGAAGCUGCCACCUCUUUCCUGGAAUGUUAAGGUCACUCAGGUGGAGUGUCCUUCGGGAGUAAGAUUCAUCAGGAACUCAGAUCCAGAGCCUCGCCUGUUUUCCUCCAAGGACGCAUCCCUUUUGGCUCCAGCUGGAUGUGAUCAGUAUUAUCCAGAUGACAGUGGAACAAUUAAAUCCUUCAACUUCAACGAUGGGAAGGGUAUUUAUCCCCUCAAUAUGGAAUAUGUUAUGUGCUUUGGAAGAGCUAUUGACACAACUGGAUUGCAAAUCACAGCUGAGAGCUUCAAUGUCGGACAAGAUAAAGACAGAUUUCCUAUUUAUACGCAAACCGAUAUCCACUGUUAUCCCCAAUUGGUAACUGAAGAACGUGUCGAGGACUACCUGAUGAUUCCACAGGCUAUAGUCGAGGAAAACUCAGUUAGAGCAACUUACUUCUGUGGGCAGAGUAUAAAUGGAUUGAAUGUUUUGAGCGAGAACCCGGGUCCAAUAUUUAUGGUUUUCAAAAGUGGUUCUGUCUAUAGGAAUUCAUCUAAAGCACUGGGCUUUUCACUGAAAUACCAAAUGAUGUACGCAUGAAAGCUUAAGAUAAAAAAAAAUAAAUCUUUAAAGUUUCAAAUAAGAAUAAAUAUGGAAGCUUUAGUACUAAAGUAAA